AUGGCGCAGCAGGAUAAUGCGAAGCGGAUAGAAGAGGCGCGGAAGCUGGCCAAAGAUCAACCACAGAAAGCCGAGAGCAUCUACAAAGACAUCUUGUCGAAACAGCCAGGCCAGAACGACAAGGCGCUCAGAGAGUUUGAGAAUGCGCUGGUGGGAUUGGGCGAGCUGUAUAGAGAUCACAAGCGGACCGACGACCUCGUGAACCUCAUCCAGCAAACGAGAGAUGUCCUCACCAGUUUCGCAAGAGCAAAGACCGCCAAGUUGGUCCGACAACUUCUCGACCUCUUCGCCCCCAUCCCCAAUACCACCGACACCCAAAUAUCUGUCACCAAGUCAUGCAUCGAUUGGGCCGUAUCGCAGCGCCAGGGCUUCCUUCGCCAGAGCUUAGAGGUCCGACUGGUCAACCUCUACAUGCAGACACAAUCAUACUAUGACGCUCUCACACUCAUCAACAAUCUACUGAAAGAGCUGAAGCGGUUAGAUGACAAGCUGGUCUUGGUGGAAGUGCAGUUGCUGGAGAGCAGAGUCUACCAUGCGUUGGGGAAUGUGCCAAAGGGAAGAGCAGCGCUCACAAGCGCGCGGACGAGCGCUGCAUCAGUCUACACACCACCGCUUCUGCAGGCAGGUCUUGACAUGCAGUCUGGACAGCUACACGCUGAAGAUGGCGAUUUCAAUACCGCCUUCUCCUACUUCAUCGAAGCCAUGGAGGGCUACCACUCGCAAGACGACGCCACAAAGGCAACAUCGGCAUUGCAAUACAUGCUUCUCUGCAAAAUCAUGCUCAACCUUAAGGAUGACGUCGAUUCACUCAUGACCUCGAAGCAUGCCAUACGAUACGCAGGCAAGAAUUUGGACGCCAUGAAGGCGGUCGCGCGCGCACACAACAACCGGAGUUUGGAGGAGUACGAGCAAGCACUUCACGCAUACCGCUACGAGCUGGGGAGCGAUCGCUUCAUCGCAUCGCAUCUGCGUCGUCUCUACGACAGCAUGUUGGAACAGAAUCUGAUCAAGGUUAUCGAGCCAUUCUCGCGCGUCGAGAUCACACACGUCGCACAAAUGGUCGGUCUCGACGUGGGACAAGUGGAGAGGAAGUUGAGCCAAAUGAUUCUUGACCGCGUCAUUAUUGGUGUGCUGGAUCAAGGUCAGGGUGUGCUCGAGAUCUUCGAAGAGGCAGAGCGCGACAGGGGGUACGAUGCGGCUCUCGACACGAUCGGCAAGCUUGGCAAUGUGGUGGACGUGCUGUAUGCCAACCAGGCCAGCUUGCUUGAGUAAGGUAAUGUCUUUGAUGGCUGUCAGUGUACUAUAGACAUAGCAUAGAGCGACGCAGCACAGCGCAGCGCAGCAUUACCAGCACG